AGCCUCGGCGUGGAGCCAUGUGACUGGCUUCUGUGGCACAUUUCUUUCGGUGGUCGUCACGAAAAUGCUGCGAGUUGUACAACACGCGGAGUGCUGCGGACGUGUUGACAGCCGAGCGUUGACGUGAGACUCUCGUAACCCAAACGCUAAACCUCCUGGUAGCUCCGGCACACGCCUCUUCCCUCGCACCUGCUGUCGGUUGUGCGGGAACUCGACUGCUAACGUGACAGGACAACUCAGAGUGAACGCGUGUGCCGCUUGGGGGAGAAUUUAUUGUGUAGCUUCAGGAUACACACGUAUACGUACAGCCGCCAUUUUGUCACGAAGCGGGAGGUAAACACAGUGCCUCUGAUGGCUGGUCGGCUCCUCAAAGUGUCCUCUCUGGCUACAGCGGUGUUUGCCUCGUCUGGGUUUUAUCUGUACAACAGACAGCUGGACUUCAAUGACCUGAGCAUCAUCCGCUUCGGACGAGCCGCAGCCACUACGGCGGUCAUCAGCUACGACUACCUGACGGCUUUCAAACAUGUGGAACACGGCACAGAGGAAUACUGGGCACUCAAGUCCAAGGUGCACCAGCGGGCAGCAGCGCACCUACUCGAUUUGUGCUGUGCCAACCGUGGCACUUUCAUCAAGGUGGGCCAGCACCUCGGUGCUCUGGACUACCUACUGCCCGAGGAGUACACAGCCACGCUGAAGGUGCUUCACAGCCGAGCUCCCCAGAGCAGCAUGGAGGAGAUCAAGCAGGUCAUCAGAGAAGACCUGGGCAAGGAGCUGUCCGAGUUAUUUGUCUCAUUUGAGGAGAAGCCUCAGGGUACGGCCUCCUUAGCCCAGGUCCACAAGGCAGUUCUUCAUGACGGGAGGACAGUGGCUGUCAAGGUCCAACACCCCAAAGUCCAGAGACAAAGCUCCAAGGACAUAGUGGUGAUGGAGGUAUUGUUGAGGGCGGUCCACUGGCUCUUCCCAGACUUUGCCUUCAUGUGGUUGGUGGAUGAGGCCAAAAAGAACAUGCCACUGGAGCUGGACUUCAUCAAUGAGGGACACAAUGCAGAGAGGGUGGCCAACAUGCUGGCCCACUACCCCUUCCUCAAGAUUCCCAUGAUCCACUGGGAUCUGUCCACUAAGAGGAUCCUGACCAUGGACUUUGCUGAGGGCGGGCAGGUCAACGACAGAGACUACAUGAAGGAACACGACAUCAAUGUCAACGAGAUCUCGGAAAACCUUGGUAAGAUGUACAGUGAGAUGAUCUUCGUCCACGGCUUUGUUCACUGUGACCCGCAUCCAGGCAACGUGUUGGUUCGGAAGUGUCCCGAGAACAAGAAGACGGAGAUCGUCCUGCUUGAUCAUGGCCUUUAUCAGAUCUUACAACCAGACUUCAGGUUGGACUACUGUCGGCUGUGGCAGGCUCUGAUCAACAGUGACAUGUCCAAGGUGGAGCGUUACAGCCGCAGACUGGGAGCUGGAGAUCUGUACCCGCUGUUUGCCUGCGUGCUCACCGCUCGCUCCUGGACCGCGGUCAAUGCCGGCAUCAGCUCUGUGCCCGUCACACACUCUGAGGACGUUGAGAUACGGACCAACGCAACCCUGUACCUGCCCCAGAUCAGCGAGCUCUUGAAUCGGGUGCCCCGUCAGAUGCUCCUGCUGCUGAAGACCAACGACCUGCUGAGGGGCAUCGAGACCACCUUACAGACCAGAGCCGCAUCCUCGUCCUUCAUCAACAUGUCCCGCUGCUGCAUACGUGCCUUGGCCAGGCACAAGAAGAGCAAGGCUCAGUCCAGGAGGAGGCGUCUGCAGAUCAAGCUGGCAGAAUCCCUCAGCCUGUGGAAACUCGCUCUGUAUGAACUGUUUCUGUGGGUGAGGGGCUCCGUGUCGGUACACUGGCUGACUGCUCUGCUGCCAUUUCUGCACUGAGGACGUCGCACCAGCAUCAGCAACAGUCUGCAACCGUUUGGCUUGUGACAGUGUCUUGGUUUGUAAUACACUGCAUAUGAAGACGUGCCAACACACACACACACACACACACACACACACAGUUUUUUACUCCCUGCUCGGUCAGCAGUGCUGAGGGAAACUUUUUUUGUCAUAUUUCUUUUUCAUUUAACUCCAGAUGAAUCUCUCUUUGCUUUUUUUCUUUUAACUCUUCUUUAAUUUAAGUAAGUUAUUUUUAAAUCAUGAUUUGUCUCAUAACUCUUACAUAGUUAUGACGUAAAUCUUACAUACAGUGUUUAAAACACACGGGUGCCAUUGUGUCUGAGGCCAAAACCAAAACCAGCUCUUACAGAAUGUGUCGGUGUGCAUGAGCUAUAACUGCACAGACAUCUAGGGAUUAACUGCAUUUUGUCAAGAAAUAGAUCCAGUUUACGACUAAAACCACACAUUUUGCUCUUUUUAUUUCAGUUUAGUGCGUGUCAAAGUAAUGAGAUACAUGUUCAUAAGGGAGGGACAGAGAGUGGACUGAGCCACCGGCUAGUUCCACUCUGUAUGCAGAUACAGAUAACCUGAUAUCCAUCUUCUCCCUUAAUUAAAAAAAAAAAAUCAAACUAGAAAGACAUACCUCCGCCAUGGCCUGACAGUCUCCUGAUGAAACUGCAUUUAAAUCCGCUAGAUCAGAAUUUGUAUUAUUUUAUUGAAUUCAAUUUCAGACACUCCUUGAUAUCAGUCCCCUAAUAUGAUGUAGGGAUUUAACAUGUGACACAACAAACUCAUGUUCAGUUAUUUUAAAGCCUUUACUGUUAUUACUUGAGCUAGAUCUCAUCAUCUGUCAGAUCAUUAGAUUCAGUAGUUGUGAUCUUGAGAUUAUUACGUUUCCAUGUGCAGCCUUUUUAACCAGAGCUGCAGAUUAUCUUACACGACCUCGACAUAAGGCCAUGUAGAGUGAAAGAGUAGGUGACAGGCCUCCAGUCAGCUGCAUCGGUCCAGGGGCAGAGUGAACUGCACCAACACGGCUGGUGAGAACACAGGCACUGUUCUAAAGGGUCCCGUGAAAUAUGAAAGCACUUUUUGGGUUGUCAUAACUGCAGAGAGAGUGUGUAGCUCCCAUCACGACCGCGUCGCUCCCUGGUGAUGCCGGACCACUGACUCAUCCCUGCUCCUCAACUAAAUACCUCAGUCUUUUUAUAUUUUAUGGUGUAAUAAAGGGUCACGUUUACUGUUGUUUUUUGGUCCAAUGCUGUAAAGUCAUUCCACAAGCAAACCGGUUUGUGUUACUGUUACGGUUCUUUCUUCUUCCUUCUGAUCUCUGUCUCUUCCUGUCACUGAGGCACAUUUUGGCCAAUAAUUUGACACUGUGUGAUUGACUGUGGGUGGUCCAAAGUGCAACAGCACUACUCUGUGACUCGUUGCAUUAUUGUACAUCUUUGUUUUUCUUUUAUUGUUUUUCAGAAAGUAAAUAUCUUUUUCCUUUCCCCUCAUUGUAUCUGUUCUGUCACUGAUGUAACUAUUGUCACUCAGCACAGAUGAAAUUGAUCCUGUGAGGUAUCGUCUUUUCCUCCCACUGAGGAAGAAUUCACGGCACGUUGUUUGGUUCAGACCCGACUGUCGUGAUAUUAAACCAAACUAAGGACCAGAGCUUUGUUGAUUUGGAAGUCACACUCAUUGUGAGCAGCUCUCGGAAACUUUAACAAACAUCAAGGGCUUGACUUCAUACCAGGCUUCGGAUGUCUGUUGCUAUGGUUACAGUUGAGUGUGCUUGUUUAGCAUGUGCAUGAGCCACUGCAUGCCACGACUACAGACAAUCUGAGAGUCGACCUGUCAUCAGCACGAUUGGUCAUCUCAUCAUCUGUCGGAUCGACGGAUCUGUGACGUUUGCCACAUUCAGAAGCCGAUGUUGGGAGUUUUUCAGAGCAAAGUCACAAGGAUGUGCUGCCCGGUCUAAAUUCACUGCACAGUGAAUUGUGUCACGCACACACACCCCUAUAUAUGUGUCAGGAUUGUAUUUGUAAAAUGCAAACAAUGUACAGAGCUCUCAAACUCCCACAGUGGAAUAUGUGUAUUUGACAUGUACACUACCUCCUGCUCAUAAUCCUACAAUGCAAAGCUUCGUCUAUGAGGCAUGUAAAGUUAUAUGACAUUAUACCGGUGAUCAGUGAUGACGCAAAAAUGAGUAAAUGAGACGAGCUGGUUAUUAAUUAUGAAGGGGAUGAAGAGUGACUGAACAAACCAGUCACUCCAGAUGUAUCACCAGUGUCAGUUUUAGCAGAGCAAUUUGGGAUGUAACCGAUGACACCGCUCCUUUUUAUCACUCCAUCAACUUCUCCACCUCUGUUUCUUCACUUCCCUCCCUCUGAAUUAGCCCCCUUCAUGUGAAAUCGUAUACACCUCGUUGAAAACAAAGAGCAAAGGGGCAUGCUGAAGUCAGCUGUUGAUCUAGAAAUGAAAGAUCCAGUCGCUCCCUGUUGGCAUUGGAAGAAGCAAGUCGAAGCAAAAUGCUCGGACGACUCAUCAUCUUUGAACCACGGCCAGAUCCCUCCGCCAGGGCUCGACAGUCAGCCAGGCUGCACACACUCUGUUCCCUAAAUAUCCCAGUUCCAUGAAUUAUUCCCUGGGAAAUCUGUCAUCUUUCAUCUUAAGGAAAAAAAAGACAAUUCCCAGAUCCCCUUUUGUCUGGAUCUGCACCAGAAUUGAUUGAGUUCUCUCCUGGAAUUCCAUUUCUUUGUUUUUGGCGUAAACAUGCUGACAGACAGACGGAUCGAGGUGAAAACACAACUUCUUUGGCGAAGGUAAAAAGAAACAGAUUUAGAGGAAAGAACUCAAGUGUUCUGUCAUUUCUUGCUCCCCUGCUUUACUUCUCUCUACUUAUCUGCUGACAUGUUCAGGGAGUCGGCGGCUGCUGAGACGUUCAUGCAGGAUGGGGUUUUUCUAAUCCUUCAAGCACACUGCACUCCUCAAGACGGAGGAAACACCCAGUUCAAAAUCUCUCUGGUAUUCUUGCUCCCACAACAAAAUAGUGAGAUGGAUAUGAUGUACUUUUUGGGAUCAGUGCAAUGACAAUGUAGCAGGAAAGAAGGAAAAUGAACAAAGAACCAAACCGCAGAAGAGAAUGGGUGAAAAAUGUAAUACAUGAACUCUUCCUUCUCCUUCUCUCUUUUAAAUCUCCUUCUUCAUUCUGUUCUCUACACCACUGGGAUCAUCAUGUGAUUUAUGAAGGUUAAAGAACAUGGGGAUUCUCUCAUCAAUAGUCCAGACUGGGUUUUGUUUCUCUUACCGAAACUGAUACUGUUGUUUGUUUGGAUAAGAUCCAGUGUUGGAUUUAUUUAUUUUGUUUGCUAAAAGAAUGUGACUUAACUUGCCUCUUUAAAAUGUCAAAAUCUAAUUUGGUGUCCAGGUAACUGUCUGCGUUCGUCGUUCAGUGGCGUCAUAUGUCCCGGCUCCAACAAUAUGUUUGUCUUCCAGAAUAGUCCAAAUUUACUUUUUAUCCAGUUUUAAGUUGCAUUAUUUACAACACACUUUAUAGAGGAGGAGAUCUCAACAUAUGAUUUGGAUCCUGGUAUUGUAUCAUCAGAAAAACAAGCGGAGCAAAUGUUUCCGGCCUCUCCAGCCCCUCAGCGACGUGCCGUGUCUGCUGAACAAAGAUGGAGGAACACUGGUUCUUAAAGCGAUGCUGCUUUAUUUUAAAAGUGUUUCUACCUGAUGGAAUCAGCCGGCCCGCUUGUUUAACGUCACUGAAGGACUCCUGACCUGGGAGAAGGUCAGUCAGAGUUACAAUGACAAACAAUGGUGGUGAAGACAUCCACUGUCACGAUGCCUUGUGGGAGGAAACACAAGAAGCCCAAACUCACCCAGCACAGUUCUUGCAGGAGGCUUCUCUGUAGCCAAUGUAAUGUUUUUUUUUAAAUGUAUUUAUUUAUUUAUUUGAUCUUUAUUUGAUCAGGCAAAUGCACUGAGAUAAAAAAAACUCUUUCAAGAGAGGCCCGAGGACAAUUAACAUUUACAGCAACAGAAGACAACACAAAUUACAGACAACAACCGCAAACGACAAACAGCCCAAGAAUGGAAAACUGAAAAUCUACAUUCAAGUUGCAAGAUUCAGUGAAGUGUACUAAUAAUAACUGUUUGAAUUUUCCAAGUGAAUUGAGACUGUGUUGUUGGAAGUGGGUUUGUAAUUCAUUCCAUUUAAAAGCUCGAUAAUAGAUAAAAACUGUUUUUCCAAGAUUCGUGCAGAUACGGGGAAUGUCCAAAGUGAAAUAGUUGGCCGAUCUUGUUCUGUAGUUACUGGACAUAUCAGAAAUGAGUGAUGUAAAAUAAUCUGGCAGUUGUAACAGUUAAGCUUUAUAUAUAAAUAACAUGAUGUGAA